UACCAUAUAUAUGAAUAUGAAUAGGGAAGCCGACCGACCGACCUCCAGUACAGUAAGUGGCGGUGUAUGCGCCUUUCAGUUGGUUGCGAUCCGCCAAUACAAAUUUAAAGAAGAAUAAAUAUUCCAUCCUCAUAAAUCCGAAAGAUCAACGCAUCAGAGGUGCGUUAACACAUUUUGGUGAAGGUCGUGAGUGCUUGGGAAUCUGCUAGCUACCACUUGGGAUUGAUCCAAAUGUGACUUGGAUGUUGGUCACACAGCUAAAUGCCUGAUUAAACUUCACCACACAGCAAAUUCAUUACAAUCAACCUAAGAAUUCCACAAUGACUCUGGCUAAGCCUGCAAUGCGAGGACUCCUUGGGAAGCGUCUGCGGUUCCAUUUGCCCAUUGCCUUCGCUCUGUCAUUGGUGGCUGCAGCAGCUUUCAAGUACGGUGUAACAGAGCCCAGGAAACAGGCCUAUGCCGAUUUCUACAAACAAUAUGACACCACAAAGGAGUUCAACAACAUGAGGGAAGCUGGUGUUUUUGAAAGUGUCAGGCCAACUGGCAAAUAAACCCCUCUGGUGUCCCAUUGUGCAUUCCUGGUCUGAUGUUCCAGCUCUGUGAUUUACUCAUCAAACACUGCGGUUAUGUUCUCAAGAAUAAAUGAUUCUCUAUGCGUG